UAGUUCUGAGCUACUAAAGAAAGAUCUAUAGAACUUUAGACAUGUGUUUUGGAAAGUGUGCUAGGUGCAUUGGGUACAAGUUGCUCAUUCUUGCCUUCCUCUGCAUUGUAGCUAACAUCUUGCUUUACUUUCCCAAUGGUGAAACAAGAUUUGCUUCAGAAUAUCAGCUUAGCAAGUAUGUGGCGUGCCUUCAUGGAAUUAUAGGAGGAGGGAUUUUGAUAUUCCUCCCAGCUGCAGUGUUCAUCGGAUUAGAAUACGAUAAUUGCUGUGGAUGCUGCGGGCAUGAGAACUGUGGGAAAAGCUGUGCAAUGCUGUCCUCUGGUCUGGCCGCCUUCAUCGGAAUCCUGGGGUCCGGCUACUGUUUCAUCAUUUCAGCUUUAGGUUUGUCCCAUGGCCCUUACUGCCUCUCUGCUGUAGAACAGAACUGGGUCUAUCCUUUCACUAACUCCAGUGGAGGGUAUCUGCUUGAGCGUGACAGGUGGUCUGAGUGUCGGGAGCCAAGGAAUAUCGUGGAAUGGAACUUGACCCUCUUUUCCAUUCUUCUGGUCUUGGGGGGAAUUGAAUUAAUUCUGUGUUCCAUACAAGUAAUCAACGGUUUUCUUGGAGGAAUAUGUUGGGUUUGCUGUAAUCAGGAAGAGAAAUACUUUGCUAGAACAUUUGCACCUGAAAAUGGGCUAAAACCACUGUAAUUAUAUCUUUAUGGUAUGCUGUAAAACAUUUAUUUGAAUGUCUUGUUUUAUAUUGCACAUACUGUAAAUUAUAAAGAGAACAGUUUAUUCAU